AUGUGAGCGAGUUCACCCACAAACUCCUGGACUGGCUGGAAGAUGCUUUCCAACUGACAGUGGAGGCCGAGAAUUCCCAGGACAAAUCGGAGAACCCCAUGGUUCAGCUUUUUUAUGGGACUUUCCUAACUGAAGGGGUUCACGAAGGCAAGAGGUUUUCCAAAAUCGAGGCCUUUGGCCAGUACCCCCUGCAGGUCAACGGCUACAAGAACUUGCACGAAUGCUUGGAAGGAGCCAUGGUGGAGAAGGAGGGCGAGUCGGGGCCUUCCAAGCAGGCGGUGACCUAUACGCAAGAGCGGUGGUUUACAAAGCUGCCCCCAGUCCUGACUUUUGAACUUUCCCGGUUCGAGUUCAAUCAAUCCCUUGGGCAGCCAGAGAAGAUCCACAACAAGCUGGAAUUCCCACCAGUCAUUUACAUGGAUAGGUUUAUGUAUGGCAAUAAAGAAAUUACUCAAGCGAAAAGAGAAGAGAUCGGGAAACUGAGAGACCAGAUGACCAUCCUGCAGCAGCAGCUGGAAAAGUACCUCAGGUACGGUUCUGGCUCAGACCGCUUUCCCUUGCCGGAUAUGCUGCAGUCCGUUCUUGAAUUUGCAAGGACCAAGCUGUCCUGCGCAGCGACUAUGACAACAGCAGAAACUCGGGCAGAAAAAGAACCCUCGGAAACCCAGACCAAGCCAAGCAGGUGCCCAGGGGAGACGUCAGAAGAGCCCGCGGCUCCUCGGGAAGUCAUCUCCGAAGACGAGACGAGCCUGGUCAUUUCCUGCCUGCAGAAGUGGAGGGAAGAGGUUGAGCAAGACAUUGAAGGCUUGAAGACUUCCAUGCUGAUGCUUUCUGAGUCCAUGGAUCAUGUCUAUACUGACCCUCAGCUCUGCCAGGUCCCUUAUCACUUGCAUGCCGUGUUGGUCCAUGAGGGCCAGGCCAACGCCGGCCAUUACUGGGCCUACAUCUACAGCCUACCUCAAAGGGCCUGGCUGAAGUACAACGACAUCGCCGUGACGGAGUCCUCCUGGGAGGAGCUGGAAAGGGAUUCCUUUGGUGGCUUGAAAAAUGCCAGCGCCUACUGCCUCAUCUAUGUUAGUAAGAAGCUACCACACUUCGCAGCUGUUUAUGAGGAUGGGCGACCAGAGAGAGAAGUGGAACUGCUGCCUCUGGAGCUUCAACGCCACAUCGAAGAAGACAGCUGGAGGGUAGAACAGGAGAUGGCCGAGCUGGAGGAGCAGUCCUGCAAAAUGGCCCAGAUGGAGCAAUCCUCCGAGCCUCUGGAGUCCCAGGACCCGUCUUCGGACUCCAGUCAAGAACACGCCUUCCCCUGUGAGUGUGGGCCGCAUUCGCUCUCCUCCGAGCACGCCGUCUUGGCUAAGGAGCAGACCGCCCAAGCCAUCGCCAAGACGGCCGACGUCUACGAGAAGGCUGGCGUCCCGGCUGCUCUUGACCAGCCCAAGGAGGCAGGUCCAGAGAAGGCCCCCUCCGAGGAAGCCGAGCCGCAGGCAGAAGAGCCCCCGGAAGUGGGGCGGAGGGAGCCUCCUGCCCCACCCAGCUCUCAAGUUUCAGAAGUGGAGAUUCCCAGUGUGGGGAAGAUCCUAGUUAGGUCGGAUGCAGACGGCUAUAACGAGGAGGUGAUGCUAAGCCCCGCCAUGCAAGGGGUGAUCCUGGCCAUUGCUAAAGCUCGCCAGACCUUUGAUCGCGAUGGGUCUGAAGCAGGUCUAGUCAAGGCAUUCCGUGAAGAAUAUUCCAGGCUGUACUCCUUGUCCAGAGAGACCCCAACACCCCAGAAUGACCCCCGCCUUCAACACGUCUUGGUUUACUUGCUGCAGAACGACGCCCCCAAGCAGGUGGUGGAGAGGACCCUCCUGGAGCAGUUUGCAGACAGGAACCUCAGCUACGACGAGAGGUCAAUUAGCAUUAUGAAGGUGGCCCGAGAAAAGCUGAAAGGAAUUGGCCCAGACGAGGUAGACAUGGAAGAGUACAAGAAAUGGCACGAAGACUACAGCUUGUUCCGCAAGGUGUCCAUCUACCUCUUGACGGGGUUGGAGCUCUAUCAGAAAAACCAAUACUGCGAGGCUCUGACCUAUCUGGUGUACGCCUAUGAGACCAACACCGUCCUGCAGGCCAAAGGAGCCAGCCGGGGCGCGGACUCCUCUCUGAUCGCUCUUUACAGAAGGAAAUGCCUCCUGAGGCUGAACGACGCUGCGGCCGCCCUCUUCGAAAGCCACGACGGGAAGGAAGUGGACGAAGGGGUCGGGGUCUUGAAUGAGCUGGUCAUCCCCUGCAUGCACCUGAUGAUGAACAACCGCGUCUCCAGGGACGACCUGGACGCCAUUGAAGUCAUGAGGAACCGCUGGUGCGCCUACCUGGGAAAGGACGUGGGUGGUAAGCCAGGUGUCUGUCCCGGGCACCACACCAACUUCCAAUUCUGCCAGCUCUGGUUGCCUCUUGGGGUUCUGUUUGUUGGUACUUGUAAGGAGACGUCUGCACGCUCACGAAGCUCGACUUUUACUCACUGCUCUCUCUGCUCCUCCCUCUACAUUGCAGUGCCCCUGCCACACAGGCUGAUCUCCCUUCAUUCGGCACCGCUGGUCUCCAUGAGUGGGGCGAUGAAUUGUGACAAGGACGGCAUGGAAGAUGCCGGCAAGGGGCCCUUGAUCCUCGCUGACCUCCAAGCACAGCAAGUUCGGGCAUAA